UCCUACAAGUCAUCUCGACUACAGUUCUGGAAGAAGAACCUGGAAGCUCUCAUCAUGUUGAAGGCAAUCGUACUCCUCUCCUGCGUCGCUGCCGCUCUGGCCGACUGUGGUAAGCCCGCCGUCGACCCCGUCAACACCUUUAUCGUGGGAGGCGACGCCGCCAUGCCCGGCUCCUGGCCGUGGCAGGUCGGCAUCAGGAAGAACUACCUUGUCGGACAGGGUGGAUACCACAUGUGUGGAGCUACCCUCAUUGACAACCAAUGGAUCGUGUCUGCAGCUCACUGCUUCUACCGCUGGAAGCGUCUAUCCGACUACACCAUCACACUCGGAUCCCACGACCGCGACGAAGUAGAUUCCACCCAGGUGAACGCCAAGCUCGGCGGCAUCUUCGUCCACGAGGACUACAAUUCCAUGACCCUCGACAACGAUAUCGCCAUGCUCAAGCUCGAGACCCCCAUCGACUUCAACGACGCCAUCAGUGAGGCCUGUGUGGCCACCUCCGACUACCCCGCCGACACCAUGUGCGUGGUUACCGGCUGGGGCGACCAGGAGGCUGCCAUCGACAAUGCCGAGCUCCAACAGGUCUACGUACCCAUCAUCGACACCAAGGUGUGCAAUCGUCCCUCGUGGUACAAUGGCGAGAUCACUGACAACAUGUUCUGCGCUGGAUACUCUUCCGGUGGCAUGGACUCUUGCCAGGGAGACAGCGGUGGACCCUUCGUGUGCAAGAACAGCGCUGGGGCCUGGGAAUUGACCGGUGUCGUCAGCUGGGGCUACGGAUGCGCUGAUCCCCUGAACCCAGGAGUCUACACUAGGGUUACACAGUACAACGACUGGAUCAGCGGAAUCAAGAGGAACAACUAAAUUAAGCGGCUAUUUUAAUGAACAUUUUAGCUCCGCGACAACUGAUCGGUUACUUCAUGAUGAUAAUGUUACUGGAUAAGCCUAUAUGCUUCCAUCAAGUGCAAUUUGGAUAACAGGUUUUAGGAAAUUUCUCCGGUUUAUUUUAAUAUAAUUGAACGGUGUGCUUUAAUUUCGAACGAAAUCAUUUCAAUAUCGGAAUACAGGGUAAAGUAGGAAAUGUCCGAACAGGUCGACAGGGUACCAGGCAAUGUUGAAUAUUAUUUUCGACUUUUGCCCCGAACCAAUUAUAGAUGUUUAUUUUUGUGUGUGAAAAAUAAAGCAAUAAUUUUGUGAAGAAAAAA